CUUGCUGAUUCAAUAUUUAUCUGCGAUAUAAUCGAUAGUUGACAACUAUUAAAAUACAUAAAAAAUUUUCGAAAACAAUGAGCAAGAACAAGCCAUUUGGAAAAUGCAAAUACGAAUACAGCAAAAUACGUAAAACCUUUGGACGGCAGCCCAUGUUUCAAGAUGCAAAACCAUACAUUUUGGACUCUAUCUUACCAAAUAAAGAGCAUCAGAAAUUGUAUAUUCUCAGAAACCCUGUACAUUGCGAAGUUCAAGCCACAAAAACACAAUCAGAAAAUGAAGUUAACACGCCUCAAGUCCUUGUUCAUGAAGAAGGUGUAAACCAUGUUGAAGGGGGAUGGCCGCGUGAUGUCCACCUUUAUAAUGAGGAACACGUACUUCGACAUCGCCGUCGAGUCAUGCACGAUGAUAACUACAUUAAUUCUGUUUUAAAACUUGCACCAGAUAUGACUCAUUACGUUUAUCAAAAUAAUGCAAUUGAUAUGUAUCAAACUUAUUUUGACAAAAUGCAACCACAAGAAGCAAUUGAAAAAUAUAGCAUACGCACGACAAAUACUUUUCGUGAUAUUCAUAAGAGGCAGAUUUCUUGUAUACAAUGGACAGCCGACAGGCCUUCAAAAUUAGUAGUGGCUUAUUGCGAUAGAAAUAAUACAUAUCUAACAGAUGUAACAGCAAGACACAAAUCUUGUUAUAUUUGGGAUAUCACCCAGCAAAUAGAACCGAUCAGUUAUUUGAGACCAGAUUCACCGUGUUGGCAAUUGGCAUGUUCCCAUAUUGAUCACGAAAUUGUAUUAGGUGGUCUUGAAAAUGGAACUGUUUGCAUGUUCGAUAUUCGUGAGGGUCCUGAGGCUGUUUCUAAUAGUGUCAUAUACACCUCUCAUCGUGGACCUAUCACUUCAAUUCGUUAUAUUCAUUCUAGAACAAACACGGAAUUCUUCACGGGUUCUACAGAUGGUCAAUGUUUGUGGUGGGACUCGCGCAAUCUUUCAGUUCCAACAGCUCAGUUGCCAAUAUGUGUAAAUUUAAAACCUGGACAAACUCCAGAGUUAGGGAUAUCUGAAGGAGUAACUUGUUUAGACUACAAUACCGGCUUACCAACCAGAUUUCUUUGUGGAACUGAAAAAGGAUUAAUCAUAAAUGCAAACAGAAUGGGCAAAACACACUCUGAAAUAUUGACAUCGUAUUGGCAAACCCACGAUGGUCUAGUACGAGCUGUAAGUCGAAGCCCUUGUACACUGAGAAUGUUUUUAACGUGUGGAGACUCUAGUGUGCGUAUUUGGAGUGAAGAGAUACGUACAGCUCCUAUAAUUGUCACAGAACCCUAUCGCUAUGAGGUCACUGAUGCAACAUGGACACCAUUAAGAUUUUCUAGCUAUAUGUCAGUUUGUGCCGGAGGGUACUUUUAUUUUUGGGAUCUUCUUCGCAAAUACAAAGAACCAGUAGCGACACUACAGGUUUCUCCUCAUGGUCUAACAAAAGUAGUACCGCAUUUUGAUGGUGAUAUGGUUGCUGUUGGAGAUAUUUGCGGGUCAUUGUUCUUGCUUAAUCUGUCAGAAAAUAUGACAAUUCCUGGUCCCCGUGAUAAACACUUAAUGUCAAGUACAUAUGAACGUGAAACACGACGAGAACAUCUUAUAGAUGCUCGUUUACGGGAAAUACAUUUGAAAGCACGGCAAGCAGAAGAGGCAGCUAAACUGGCUGCAGAAGAAGAAGAGGAAAGCAUUAAAUCUAUUGUCGACGAAUUACAAGAAGCCGAAGAUGACUAUUUUAAAAUAGUAAAUGAAGAGUUGCGUCAUAUGGAAGUGGCACCAUCCGCUAGCAAUAUAUCUAUACAUUAGAACUAUCCAAAGGUUUGAUUUAAUGAAAACAAGAACAUCAAAAUAAUGAUUUAUUGGGGGUACUGUAAUAUUCCAAAUAA